AUGCCUGCUCCAUCAUUCAAUGCCCAAUCAAUAACGGAGCUUAUAGCCCUCAGGGCUGAGCAACAAGGGGAUGUACCCGCUGUGCAUACUGGUGCUGCUGAGUUCGGCGAGAAGUUGAUGACCCUCACCUUUUCGGACAUCGCCCGCGCAGUAGAUCGAUUGGCGGCGCAUUACGCUCAGCUGAACAUCCAACCGAUCGUCUCUUCGGGAGAAAUACCCCCCGAGAGGGUCAUUGCAGUUCUCACUUCCACCGCUAUCGACGAAACACUAUUGGAAAUCGCACUUGCCAAACUCGGUCUUACAGCUUUACUACUGUCGGUCAACAACUCGACAGCCGCCGUAGCCCAUUUGUGCAAGACCACAAAGAGUACACAUCUGAUAUAUGGGACCAAAUUCGAGCAAACUGCGAAAGAUGCACAAGCUCACUUGGCUCAGGAGGGUAUAAAUCUGGAAGUUGUGCCCGAAACUAGGUAUCCACUUUGGGGUCCAGGCGGAGUACGGGAUGCCAAGAUUCCCCAAUACCCAGCUAGACUUACACCAGAACAAGAAGCCAAGAGAACUUGUGUGGUAUUGCAUUCAUCUGGAUCAACAGGUUUCCCAAAACCAGUGUUCAUCUCGCAUUACGGGUUGAUAGCGAAUGCAGCUCAGUCAUUACCCAAGACUGGAUUCUCAGCUCUACCUCUUUUCCACGGUUUCGGUCAUUUCUCGAUUUUCCGAUGUUUUUACCAUGGAAAGACAUUCACCCUCAUGCCUCCGAAUCUACCUCUUACUUCAGCUAACAUUUGUCGAACCAUCAAGAACUCCCCUACCCCACCCGUACAGCAUUUCGCUGUACCUUAUGUCCUCAAACUGCUCGCUGAGACGGAAGAAGGCGUAGAAACAUUGGCAAAUUUUGAAGCUGUUUCCUUCGCUGGUGCUGCUGUACCGGAUGACCUAGGUGAUAGAUUGGUUCAGGCUGGCGUGAACCUCAUUUCCUUCUACGGUACAACUGAAACCGGUGCUCUCAUGACUUCUCGACGAGCGGACUACGUCAACGACAAAGCAUGGAACUGGCUCAGAGCCGAAGGGCCAAUUGAGAAAUACCUCGAACUGAUCCCUCAGGGCUCAGAUACGUUCGAAGUGGUCGUUAGAGAUGGUUGGCCAGCUAAGAUCAUGAGUAACAGAGAGGAUGGUGCAUACUGUACAAAAGAUUUGGUACUGCAACAUCCAGAACAUAAGACUUGGUUCAAGUACAUCGGUCGAUUGGAUGAUACCCUCACACAGACGUUGGGGGAGAAGACUAACCCUGUUCCUAUCGAAUUGGCCAUCCGAGGUAAUUCUCCUUUGAUUGCUGAGUGUAUCGUCUUCGGUGAUGCUCGACCCCAGACCGGUGCUUUGAUCCUUCCUUCCGAACAAGGUAAAGACCUUGCCAAAGACAAAAAAGCAUACAUCGAUGCCAUUUGGCCUGUUGUGGCUGAAGCCAAUGCCAAUGCCCCUACACACUCUCGAAUCCUUCCUGAGAUGAUUGAUAUCCUUCCUUACGGUACUGAGAUCCCUGUCGCCACCAAAAUGUCUAUUCUCCGACCAGCUUGUUACAAGAAAUUCGGUGAUAUCAUCAACGCCAUUUACGAGCGAUUCGAGCACGGUACCGGUCAACCCAAGAAGGACAUCUCUAGUAAACCUGAGAUGGAAGCUUUCCUCACUGAAACUAUCCUUACUGCUCUUGGUGAAAAAGCUUCUGCUGGUCUUACACCAACGACCGAUCUCUUCGCUUAUGGUGUCGAUUCGCUCCAAGCUACCAGAGUACGAAACGUCAUUACGAAAUCUCUGGAGCUCGGUGAGAACGUCAACCUCGGUCAGAAUAUCGUAUAUGAACAUCCAUCCGUCUCCGCUCUUGCCGAUUACCUCCUUUCCGUCAAAUCAGGUCAAAAUGCGUCCAACUCACCUGAAGUAGCCCACAAGACAAUGUUAGAGAUGGUCGAUCGAUAUGCCUCUCAACUGUACAAGGGUGAUACUUCGUCCACUGGUCCAGCCGAUGCUCAGAUCAACGGUCAUUCAGGAGAAGUUAUCGUCCUCACUGGUGCUACUGGAUCUCUGGGUGCUCAUAUCUUAGAUCAGUUAGUCAGAAGACCGGAAGUAGCCAAAGUCAUCUGUCUCUCCCGAGCUAAAUCCCACGAAGAUUCAUUAAAGAGGGUACAAGAUUCCUUAUCUCAGAGAUUGAGGAAGCUCUCACCUGAAGCUCAGUCGAAGAUCAUCUCGUUCGCUUCUGAUGUCAACAAGCCUGAUCUCGGUUUGGCACCUGAACAAUACGAAUUACUCAGACUUCAAUCUACCGCUGUCAUUCACAAUGCUUGGCCAGUCAACUUCGUAUUAUCGAUCAACUCAUUCGACGAACAUAUCGGAGGAGCAGUCAACUUGCUUAACUUGACUUUGAAAUCACCCAAAAAGAUCAAACCGGCUUUCUUCUUCUCUUCCUCGGUAGGAACAGUACAAGGUCGACCUGAUCCAAUCGUUAACGAAGAUUUCUCCGAUUCACCUGUCACCGCCGGAGGAAUGGGAUACGGACGAUCUAAAUGGGUAGUAGAGAAGAUCAUGGAACGAGCAUCAAAAGAGACUCAGGGCAGGGUCGGAGUACUGAGGAUCGGUCAAUUAGCUGGGGACAAAGAGAACGGAGUGUGGAACGAAACUGAAGCUUGGCCAUUAAUGUUCAGAUCAGCCAAUACCACUGGAACUUUACCGUUCUUAGAAGAGAAACCAUCUUGGUUACCUGUUGAUCAAGCUGGGCAAACAAUCUCUGAAAUCGUUUUGAACAACUUGCACACCGCUCAGCCAUCCUCGGGUAAUGUCUAUCAUGUGCUCAAUGCCCAUCUGGCAAGCUGGAGUGAUAUAUUAGAGGGAUUGAAGAAAGGUGGAUUGAAGUUCGAGACAGUUGAUAGGUACACUUGGCUGGAGGACUUGGCGAAGUCGAAUUCGGAUGUUACCGCCAAUCCAACUUACAAACUAUUGAACUUCUACCAGAAUCGAAUUGGUAACAAGACCGAAAGACCUCACAUGGAAUUCAAAGUUGAAAAAGUCGAAGCUUCUUCACCUACGAUGAAACAAGAGGUCAAGGCUAUCGAUUCCGAUAUCGUAGCGUUAUGGGUCAAACAAUGGAAAUCUUCUGGUUUCUUACAGUAG